AUGUUAGAUACAUCAAGACACUAUUUCCCAGUUAAUGUUAUUAAGCAGAUAAUUGAAUCUAUGUCAUAUGCCAAACUUAAUGUUUUACAUUGGCACAUUAUAGACGAACAGUCAUUUCCUCUUGAAGUACCUUCAUAUCCGAACUUGUGGAAAGGUUCAUACUCAGAGUGGGAACGAUACACAAUUGAGGAUGCAUAUGAAAUUGUCAACUUUGCCAAAAUGAGAGGUAUAAAUGUGAUGGCCGAAAUGGAUGUCCCUGGUCAUACAAAGUCAUGGGGUAUUGGAUAUCCAGAUGUUUGGCCGUCACCCUCGUGUAAGAGCCCACUCGAUCUUUCAAAGGAGUCUACCUUUGAUGUACUUUCUGGCAUUAUGACAGAUAUGAGAAAAAUAUUCCCCUUUGAACUAUUUCACUUGGGUGGUGAUGAAGUGAAUACAGAUUGUUGGACCAAUACUUCUCGUGUGAAUAAGUGGCUUCAGAAUCAGAACAUGACUCCUAAUGAUGCUUACGAAUAUUUUGUAUUGAAGGCGCAAAACAUUGCUCUUUCGAAAAAUUGGACUCCUGUGAACUGGGAAGAAACCUUCAAUUCAUUUGCGACAAAGCUCCACCCGCAAACUAUAGUGCAUAAUUGGUGGAGCUCCGGUGUUUGCCCAAAGGUUGUUGCAAAAGGCUUGAGGUGUAUUUUCAGUAACCUGCGUGUAUGGUAUCUUGACCAUGUAGAUGUACCUUGGGAUGUUGUCUAUAACGCCGACCCACUAGAAGGAAUACAGGAAGCUUCUGAACAAAAACUUGUGCUUGGAGGUGAAGUUUGCAUGUGGGGUGAGGUAGCUGAUACAUUGUUGAUGUUUUCAUAUUUGAAGUACUUUUUUGACCACAAAUGUCGUACCUACUCUCAUGAUAAGUUAACUGAGGUUAAGGAGGAUUGGGCUACUUAUGUGGUGGAUGAUGUUUUCGGAAAACAAGAAGCAAUUAUUUUGCCUAAUUAG